AUGAGCAAAUAUAGCACUGUGAUCCUCCUCUUCGUUAUUUUUGGCUGCUCCAAAGCAGAUAAACAGCUGAGAGGCUGGCUGCCUGAAUUUUGUGUUUUUGCCGAGCAAAAAUGUCCCAAUUCGCGAGUUACUUUUUGGCUUUAUACCAACCAAACACGUGAUGAUCCCAUUCAAUUGGAUCCCCUCAAUCCACAAAAAGAUCUCUUCGAGCCUCGUCUGCCACUGAAAAUUUUGAUUCAUGGCUUUAUAGGAAACAGAAAUUUGACACCGAAUCUGGAAGUAAGAGAUGUGCUGCUCCAAACUCAGCCUGUAAAUGUAAUCUCUGUGGAUUAUGAGACAUUGGUGCGUUGGCCCUGCUAUUUUCCCUGGGCCGUGAAUAAUGCUCCAAUCGUAUCCGAGUGUCUGGGUCAGAUGAUAAAUAAUCUAAUAUCGAGUGGCAUAAGCAGGCGUGAAGAUAUCCACUUGAUUGGCUUCAGUUUGGGUGCCCAAGUGGCUGGAAUGGUGGCCAACUAUGUGAGCCAGCCUCUGGCCAGGAUUACUGGUCUCGAUCCUGCGGGUCCUGGCUUCAUGAUGCUACCUUCGCUGCAGCAAAAACUGGAUUCCAGUGAUGCGGACUUUGUGGACAUCAUACACACCGAUCCGUUCUUUUUCUCCAUGCUGCCGCCAAUGGGUCAUGCUGAUUUCUAUCCCAAUCUCGAUCAGCUAAAUCAAAGGGGUUGCAGUUAUAUCAGCAAUUGGAGAUUUUACAAUUGCAAUCACUAUAGGGCAGCCAUCUAUUAUGGAGAGUCCAUUGUAUCUGGAAGGGGUUUUUGGGCUCAGCAGUGUGGAGGAUGGUUCGACUUCUUUUCACAGCGAUGCAGUCACUACUCCAACAUGCCCAAUACCCAAAUGGGUUAUUUUGUUUCGGAAAAUGCCUCAGGCUCGUAUUUUCUCAGCACCCACGAGGUUUCUCCCUUUGCUAAAGGUCCCCUUGUUGAAGUCGAAUUUGAUAUUUCGGAAAUUCGUAAAAUCAGGGAAUUAGCUUUAAGUUAA